AUGGGAGCUGACGGGGUUAUUACACUGGGCGCAGAUGCUUUUAAAAUGUAUCUGCCCAGCUGGAGUUUGAAGGGAAGUUUAAGAGCCUUUAAAAAUCACUCUCAGGACAGUGAGGAGAAGGGGGAGGAAAAUAAAAUUCAUGGAGUUCGGUUUCUUUAUCGGUUUAUCAGAAAUCUGGAGGGUCGCUUAAAAAUCGGUGGUGCUCGGUACCCAGAAGGAAAAAAAGAAAGUUGUAUUAACAAUAUCUGUGGCCAGGCAGUUCCGAAAGGCCGGGGAGAUGCCGGGCUGCUGGCCCGGCUGGCUGUGGGAAGGGGCCGGGACACUGCGGGAGGCGGCGGGGGGUGCCGGAGCCCCCUCUGUGGGUUCCCCCUUCCCCAUGCACGCUGCUGUGGGACUAACUAUUGUUGUGUUUGGGGUUUUUUUUGUUUUUUUUUUUUGUUUCGUUAUGAUAUUUUCCCCCCCUCUGUGUGUGUGACUAUUGUAUUUUCUUUCAGACACCCCCUGUUCCCUCUUUUAGCACUGAUUUUUGAGAAAUGUGAAUUAGCUACAUGCACACCCAGGGAGCCCGGGGUAGCGGGAGGCGAUGUUUGCUCCUCUGAGUCUUUCAAUGAAGACAUAGCAGUGUUCGCCAAACAGAUCCGAGCAGAGAAACCCCUCUUUUCCUCUAAUCCUGAACUGGAUAACUUGAUGAUUCAAGCCAUACAAGUAUUAAGGUUUCAUCUGUUGGAAUUAGAGAAGGUACACGAAUUAUGUGACAAUUUCUGCCACCGGUAUAUUAGCUGUUUGAAAGGAAAAAUGCCUAUCGAUUUGGUCAUAGACGAUAGAGAGGGCGGAUCAAAAUCGGACAGUGAAGACAUAACAAGAUCAGCAAACCUAACGGAUCAGCCCUCCUGGAACAGAGACCACGAUGACACGGCAUCAACGCGCUCCGGGGGAACCCCCGGACCCUCCAGCGGAGGACACACAUCACACAGCGGGGACAACAGCAGUGAGCAAGGUGACGGCUUGGACAACAGUGUAGCUUCCCCCAGCACAGGUGAUGAUGAUGAUCCAGAUAAGGACAAAAAGCGACAUAAAAAGCGUGGCAUCUUUCCCAAAGUAGCCACAAAUAUCAUGAGGGCAUGGCUGUUCCAGCAUCUAACACACCCUUACCCUUCAGAAGAGCAGAAAAAGCAGUUGGCACAAGACACAGGGCUCACUAUACUUCAAGUGAACAACUGGUUUAUUAAUGCUAGAAGAAGAAUAGUUCAGCCCAUGAUAGACCAGUCCAAUCGAGCAGUAAGUCAAGGAACACCCUAUAACCCCGACGGGCAGCCGAUGGGAGGUUUCGUGAUGGACGGCCAGCAGCACAUGGGCAUCCGAGCGCCAGGACCUAUGAGUGGAAUGGGCAUGAAUAUGGGCAUGGAGGGGCAGUGGCACUACAUGUAACCUUCACCUAGGUAACCAAUGGCAAAGCCAGGGGGAAGGCUGCAAAGUAUGCCAGGGGAUUAUGUGUCUCGGGGUAGUCCAAUGGGUAUGAAUAUGGGACAGCCAAGCUAUACGCCGCCCCAGAUGCCCCCCCAUCCUGCUCAGCUGCGUCAUGGCCCCCCCAUGCAUACCUACAUUCCUGGACACCCUCACCACCCAGCGAUGAUGAUGCAUGGAGGACCACCCCACCCUGGAAUGCCCAUGUCAGCAUCAAGCCCCACAAUGCUUCAUACCGGCGAGCCAGCAGUGAGCGGACAAGUGAUGGACAUUCAUGCUCAGUAGCUUAAGGGAAAUACACGUCGUCUGCAGCGAUGGUAGAUUUCAAACAUUGUCUUUCUGCAAUGACUAUGGAGUUCUUGGCGUCAACUUUGGACCAAGGGACGUUCCAGUUCUUCACAGGGACCCUGAAAAGCAGGAAAACACCAACUGAAGUCAACUUCUGGGGACAUGCUAAAUACCUAUAUAAGACAUUAAGAAAACAAAGAGUGAAAUAUUGUAAAAUGCUAUUAUACUGUUAUCCAUAUUACGUUGUUUCUUAUAGAUUUUUUAAAAAAAAUGUGAAAUUUUUCCACACUAUGUGUGUUGUUUCCAUAGCUCUUCACUUCCUCCAGAAGCCUCCUUACAUUAAAAAAGAAGCCUUACACUUAUCCUGCAAAUGACAGAAAGGGCUUAUUUGCAGGAUUUUUAGAGCAUUAAAAUAACUAUGUCAGGCAGAAGAAUCUUUCUUCUAUCCUAGGAUUUCAGCCAUGCGCACUCUCUCUCCCUCUCUCUCUCUCUCUCUCUCCCUCCCUCCCUCUCCCCCCUCUCUCCUCCUCUGUCUGUCUUUCUUUCUCUCCCUUUCUCCCCGUCUCUCUCCCUCUCUCUCUUUCUAGCCUGGGGCGUGAAUUUGCAUGUCUAAUUCAUUUACUCACCAUAUUUGAAUUGGCCUGAACAGAUGUAAAUCGGGAAGGAUGGGAAAAACUGAAGUCAUCAACAAUGAUUAAUCAGCUGUUGCAGGCAGUGUCUUAAGGAGACUGGUAGGAGGAAGCAUGGAAACGGAAAGGCAGUGUAUUCGAAGCCUAAUUGUCACAUCAGAGCAUCCUUGUCCCCAUGCAGCAACCACCACCUUGUACAUCACUUCCUGUUUUAUGCAGCUCAAAACAUGGACUGAAGAUUUAUUUUUAAUAUGUUGACUUUCUUUCUGGGCAAGACAUCGGUCAUGUGUGCAUUUUUUUUUUUUUUCCAUAGUCCCAUCAUGGAGCAUUUAUGUAUACAUUGUAAAUAAAUUUUGUGCAAAAAGGACUGGAAAAAUGAUCUGUAUUAUUGCAAUUUUUUGUAAAAGUAGCAGUUUGGUAUGAGUUGGCAUGCAUACAGAUUUACUAAGUGGGAUAAGCUAAUUAUACUUUUGUUGUGGUUAAACAAAUGCUUGUUGAUAGCCUUUUUCUAUCAAGAAACCAAGGAGCUAAUUAUUAUUAAUAAUAAUCAUUGCACACUGAGUCUUAGAGUUUCUGAUUGAAACAGUUUGGAUUGUAUAAUAACUCAAAGCCCAGUUGUAGUAGUUUGAGUGCAGUAAUGAAAUCUGAAUCUAAAAUAAAAACAAAUUAUUUUUUGUCA